UGGACCUCACACCUUUUUUAAAACCUGCACCCUGUUUUCUCAUGUUAUUGUCUGUAUGUGACUAAUGGAAACCUUUUUUAAAUUUGUCCAGUAUUGAGCAGCAACGCAAUCCAACACAGUGCGUCCACUAAAGAGCUUGUUUUUCCCGCUGACAGACUGGUGUUUAAAAGUGUCUGAUGGAAAGGACCCCUGCAGAGAGACGAGAGUAAACACAAUCACAAACUGAUCGAUCCAGAGAGGUCUCUCUCUGCAGGGAUCCUUUCCACGAUGCUGUCAGAAACCAACAGUGUGAGCCUGCCAGCGGCAACAAGCUCUGUAGCGGAUGGACUUUGACAGCAGUUUGCUCGCUCAGUACCAGACCCGUUUUAAAAACUGUCGUCCCAGUUAGUCACAUAGACACAAAAACAUGGGAAAAUAGGGUCCAGGUUGAAUAAAAGCUGCCCUUUAACUGCCCCAGAGCAGCUGGAUUAUCCUCUUUCUGUCACAGGCGGAGCUGUCGGGGUCUGUUAGACUAAAAAUAAUGAUGAGUCUGGCUUCAACUCUGAUUUUUAGGAAAAUCAAACCCAGACUUCCUGAGUAUUUUCUUUUGUUAAAGAUUCCCAGAAACAGCAGCUGUGGACGGCUGACAGUCCUGAUCCCGAGGACAAACUUUACAUUUUCACCUCACCAGUAGCAAGUACGGAGAUCCUUUACUACAGUAAAAGUACUCCACUACAAGUCCUGCAUGCAAGCCUUACUUCAGUAAAGCCAGUGUGUCAAGGACGGAAGAAGUUUCCUGUGUGGUGGUGAUGAUGAUGAUGCAGGUUACUGCCCCCUGCUGGUCAGACGUCCGUCCUGCAGCGGUGACAGUUAUUGAUUAGUGAUCAGACGUCAUGUGGCACCAGCUGCUGAGCGGCUGCACGUUUCCUGGAGCUCUGAGCUGUUGACGAACACACGAUCAAUGUCUCAAAGGUUGCUGUGGUGUUCCAGUGCUCUGCAGGACACUGACCUGAGUUCAGCUCAAACUGCUCACAUCUGUCUGAACACAGGCCGCGCUCUACCUGUUCAGAUAUCAGGGGUGUGACCAGACCCUUAACCCACGAGACGAGAUUAUAAUUUGCGUGAGUCUUCGAUUUUAAAGCUUCAUCAUGAGGACUGCCGAUUGGCUGUUGUCUCUGGCGUCCCUGCUGCUCAUCUCCUCUGUCCGUCCGGACAUCUGCAGCGCCAAACCCAAAGACCUCCCCCUGGAGCCGCGAUGCAUCUACCGCAGCCCCGAGGCCCCCACCACAGAGCCCGAGCCGAUCCCCGAGUCCACCAACCCCCGAGUGUGGGAGCUGUCGAAGGCCAACAGCCGCUUCGCUCUGUCGCUCUACAAACAGCUGGCCCUCAGCAAGACCCCCGAGUCCAACAUCUUCAUGUCCCCCAUCAGCAUCUCCACCGCGUUCGCCAUGACCAAACUGGGAGCCUGUAACCAGACGCUGCAGCAGAUCAUGGAGGUCUUUAAGUUCGACACCAUCAAAGAGAAGACGUCGGACCAGGUCCACUUCUUCUUCGCCAAACUCAACUGUCGUCUGUACAGGAAGAAGGACAAGACCACCGAGCUGAUCUCCGCUAACCGCCUGUUCGGAGACAAGUCUCUGAUCUUCAACGAGACGUAUCAGAACAUCAGCGAGACGGUGUACGGAGCCAAGCUGCUGCCGCUCAACUUCAAGGAGAACCCAGAGAAGGCCCGGGUCACCAUUAACAACUGGAUCUCCAACAAGACAGAGAACCUGAUCCAGGACACGCUGCCAUCAGGGGCGCUGGACUCCAACACGAUCCUGGUCCUCGUCAAUACCAUCUACUUCAAGGGUCAGUGGAAGAACAAGUUUGAGAAAGACAACGUGUACGUCUCAGAUUUCCACGUCGGUGAGCGUCGGACCUGCCGGGUCAACAUGAUGUACCAGGAGACCAAGUUCAGGUACCGGUUCUUCCCCGACGACCAGGUACAGCUGCUGGAGAUGCCGUACCGUGGAGACGACAUCACCAUGGUGAUCAUCCUGCCGAGCAGAGAGACCACGCUGAGUAAGGUGGAGGAGAGUCUGGACCUGAAGAAACUGACCCGCUGGUUGGACGAGAUGAAGGAAACCACCGUCUCCGUCAGCGUCCCUCGCUUCAGGGUGGAGGACAGUUUCAGUCUGAAGGAGGAGCUGCAGGCCAUGGGACUGACCGACCUGUUCAGCGCAGAGAAGGCCAGCCUGCCAG